UGAACCAUUGUGAUGAAACUGAAUCUUUCUUAAAGCAAUUAAUUAUACAAUUAUUUGUCAAUUUUUGCUUAAAUGCAUUCGGGGAAAUAAUUUUAUUUUAAAAAAUUGCAUACAUUUUUUUUGUUUUUAUCCCAAAUUCGAUUUUGGAAAUUAUUACCGAAUGUACGGUUGUGACUAUCUGUGUGUCUUAGCAUCGUGGUCGAGGAUUUCAUUAUUUUAUUAAACAAUUUCUUCAUAUGUUGAAAAAAAAAAUAGAGAAACUCAAUCUAUUUCAUCAUUACCAGCGUGUGUAUGGCAAUAUUGUUUAAAUAUCAAAAAGCAUUUAGAUUAAUUUAUAAAAAGUGUAAGCAUUAAAAAGGAAAUAAAAAAAAACGCAAUGGAUUCGGAAAUUGGUAAUAUAGAGACCGCCGAGUGCGAGAGAUUGCUAAGUGGCAAUGUUGUUCAAGCGCAAAUCUAUGGGUCAAAAAAAGAACCGGGUGCUCAAACUGCAAUGAUGGCUGAUAAUGACCAAAGACCUCCAAAUCCCAGUAAAACACUUCCACAAUAUAUUGCUGCUCUUGCAGCAACUGGUGGUGCAUUUGCAGCCGGUACAACAUUGGGAUGGACGUCACCAAUAAAAGCUGCACUCAUAAAUGGAACUGGACAGGCUGGCAAUUAUGAAUUCCCUAUAAGUGAUACCGACUUUUCUCUGAUUGGAUCACUCGUAACGCUUGGUGCAGCUCUUGUUUGUCUUUUCAUUGGUACAAUCAUUCAAAUUGUUGGCCGGAAAUUGACCAUGUUGUUGCUUGUAAUACCAUUUACUGUUGGCUGGGCUCUGGUGACAUUACCGACAAAUUUGGCAAUGCUUGAAUGUGGCCGCUUUUUGCUUGGUAUUUCGGGUGGUGCAUUCUGUGUUGCUGCACCCACUUAUACUGGUGAAAUUGCACAAACUAGCAUUCGUGGUUCGCUUGGAAGCUAUUUCCAAUUGAUGUUGGUAUUAGGUGUUUUAUUUUCAUACAUUGUGGGUGGCCAAGCAAACGUAUUCACAUUGAACUUAAUUUGCGCCUGCAUUCCAAUCAUAUUCGCAAUUGUUUUUGUCUUUAUGCCCGAAUCCCCAGCCUAUUUGAUAUCAAAAGGAAAAAAAGAGGCUGCGGCCAAAUCAUUGAAAUGGUUGCGAGGCAGUGAAUACGAUUAUAGUCAAGAAUUGGCUGAAUUACAAGCACAACACGAAGCUGAUAAAAAUAAUAAGGUUUCAUUGACUGCAGCACUUUCACGUCGUUCCACAAUCAAAGCGGUUUACAUUGGUUUGGGCUUGAUGUUCUUCCAACAAAUGAGCGGAAUCAAUGCAGUCAUCUUUUAUACCAAAGAUAUUUUUGAAGCGGCCAAAACCGGCGUCGAUUCAGGCCUUGCAACCAUCAUUGUUGGUGUCAUGCAAGUAAUCUCUGUCUUUAUCUCAUCAAUCAUUGUGGAUAAAUUGGGACGUCGUUUGCUAUUAUUACCAUCGGCAAUUAUAAUGGCGCUCUGUACCAUUUUGUUGGGCACAUAUUUUUAUAUGCAAGGUCAGGAUGAAGAAAGUGUUGCAUCCAUCGGUUGGUUACCAAUUGUGUCAAUGUGUGUCUUCAUUAUUCUCUUCUCACUUGGUUUUGGGCCAAUUCCAUGGAUGAUGAUGGGUGAAUUAUUUUCAAAUGACAUUAAAGGCGUUGCAGGUUCAGCGGCUGGUGCAUUGAAUUGGUCGGUUGCAUUUUUUGUCACCUCUACAUUUAAUUGGAUGAACAACACAUUUGGCAAGGGAGAAACAUUCUGGAUUUUCUCAUUGUUCUGCAUCUUGGGCGCAGUAUUUGUAUUCAUCUUUGUUCCAGAAACCAAAGGCAAAUCUUUGCCGGAUAUUCAACGAAUGCUUGCAGGAGAAAAGAUCAUUGGAAAAGAACAUCCAAGCGGAACUACUACCGUUGAUUCCAAAACCAGUGAAUUGUGGCAUUUUGAUCGUAAAUCAGCCACAAUGUCUCAAAGAGAUGAACAACAGCCGUUGCUCCAAUCAAAUCGGACCCAAUACGAAAGCAUUCGAUCCGAAAAUGAGUUGGAUCCAAUUAUGGUUGCUGAAAAUGGACUGGGUCAUGCGAAACGAUUACCACAAUACAGUGCCACUAUUGCAGCGACAACUGGAGCAUUGGCCGCUGGGGCUGUUCUGGGAUGGUCAUCCCCAGCCGAAACAUAUAUUGUGACACAAAGUGCAUACAAUUUUACUGUAACUGAUGAACAAUACUCUUGGAUAAGCUCAUUUGCAACGAUAGGCGGAAUUAUAAGUUGUCUUGUUAUUGGUUUAGUUAUGGAUAUCGUUGGUAGAAAAUCAACAAUGCUUCUGCUAAUAAUUCCGUUUUCAUUUGGCUGGGCAUUGAUUAUUUGGCCAAUUUCGGUUGCUAUGCUAUAUAUCGGACGAUUCAGUGUUGGGUUUGCGGGUGGAGCAUUUUUUGUAGUUGCGCCUGCUUACAUUGGAGAAAUUGCAUCAAAGGAUAUUCGUGGCACAUUAAGUAGCUGUUUGCAACUCAUGAUUACGAUUGGAAUCUUAUUUGCCUAUGUCUUUGGGCAUUUCUUUUCGCUGAAUACGUUCAAUGCAAUUUGUGCAAUACUUCCGUUGAUUUUUGGUGCGAUAUUUGUGUGGAUGCCAGAGAGUCCUUACUUUUAUAUUAUGAAAAAUCGUCCGGAAAGUGCGGAAAAUGCACUAAUUUGGUUGCGAGGUUCGGAUUAUAACAUCAAUGAUGAAUUGAUGGAAAUUCAAAUUGAGCACAAUCUCAUGAUACAAAACAAAACAAGCAUAUUGACCGCAUUAAAUAAAUCAUCUACAAAACGUGCACUUACCAUCAGUCUGACGUUGGUAAUUUUAGUGCAAUUUUCCGGUAUAAAUGCGGUCAUUUUCUAUACAAGCGAAAUAUUUCGAAUGGCAAAUGCGGGCAUUGAAUCGACUUUGGCCACCAUUAUUGUUGGAACGAUGCAAGUUAUUGCAACUUUUGUUGCUUCAUUAACCGUUGACCGUUUGGGUCGGCGAUUUUUACUUUCAAUAUCCGCUUCAAUUAUGUUUGUAUGCAAUAUUGGACUGGGCAUAUACUUUUUUCUUCAAGAUCAUAACAGUCCAUAUAUAGAUUAUUUAAAUUGGUUACCAAUUUUUUCAUUAUGUGUGUACAUAAUUGCAUUUUCAUUAGGCUGCGGACCUAUUCCGUGGGUUUUAGUUUCGGAAAUAUUUGCCACCGAAGCAAAAGCAAUUGCAAGCUCAUUGACCGGUUCCACGUCAUGGCUUAUUGCAUUUUUGGUUACAAAAUUCUUUACCAAUGUGAAGAGCAUGAUUGGUGUCGGACAAACAUUUUUUAUGUUUGCCGGCUUUGCUGCUUUAUGUACGUUAUUUGUUAUUAGUAUUGUACCUGAAACAAAAGGUAAGACAUUCAAUGAAAUUCAAAGAUCACUACAUGGCGAAGACAUGACAUCGGUUGAAGAUGAGAAUGAAAAUUCCACUUCAGUUACAAUUUAAAAUCAGUACGAACAAAUGUUAUGUUAAAAUAAACAGAAUGUAAAUUGUAUUGUAUAUAUAAUGAUAUUGAAUCAAUAAAUUUUGAAUUAAUAAUA